AUGAGCGACGGUGACCAGAGUGAAGAUGGACAGGUGAUGAGCGGCGUUGAGCUGAGUCCAUCGGACGACGAGGAAACGAACGAUUCGCUCGACAUCAAGCCACCGCAAGCAAGCUACGCCUACUACGGAGGCAGCAAACGGAAAGAGAAAAAACCGAAAGAGCGAAGCAAAUAUUCCAAGGAGCAGCAAAUGCGCCAUCAUAUGCUGGAACGUGAAGCACGGGACCGCGAACGGGGAGGAGGUAACCGCGGGGAGCGGGAACACUACCGUGAGCGAGAUCACCACUCAGGAGGUUCCCGGGAACAGCACCGGUCUUCACAGUCGUCACGGGUUGGGGCUUCCGGACUCGGCAGCAGUGGCCGAGAGCGGAUGCGCGAAAGUAACCGCGAAAAGCAUCACAGCACACGCUACGAACUCAACCCAUUCUAUGGAGAAAUGCGAGAAACGUAUCACAGCAAACGGGACCGGGAACGUGAACGGGAACAUCGCGAACGUGACCGCGAGCGAGACUAUGAAAGGGCGCGAGAGUACCCCGAGAAGCGAGAACGGCGAACGGAAGUGGUGAAUGCGAUGACCUGUGGCGACUCGAAGGCGGAUCCGGAAAAAAUGCUAGAAGAUCUGCGAACGCGCUUGCUGAACAAAAAAAACCGCUACGAUUCCAAGCAGCACCAGCGCGAUGUGCGCGAACGUGAGCGGGAUGUGGUGCCGGAUCCGGAAAUUUACACCGACGAGAUGGAGUAUUAUCGCGAGAAACGCGAACGAAAACGUGAACAUCAACAUCGGCAUCACCGGGAGGAGGAAAUGGGUAAAGAGAUACGCGACCGUGGUCGCAACCGGGAGCAUCGGGAGCAGCGUGAGCGCGAUCGUUACGAAACACGCGGCACCGGAUUGGAUGUGGUUGAGAUCGUUGAAAGUCCGGAUCGUUACGAUACAGGAGCACCACGGACCGCAGAGGAAAGGGAACACGAAGCGCGGCGGGCAAAGCUGCUCGAAGCGGACCGUGAGAUGUUGCGGCGAAAAGAGUUGGCGCGAGAAGAGCUGGAAGCUCGGCGUCUGCGCAAAGAAGAGGAACGCAACGAGAGCGAUCUUGAGACGGAUUCUGGAUCGGAUGACGACGAUGAUGAAAACGAUGAGGAGGACGACGCUGACGCCGGGGCGGAGAUGGUCGAAGAAGGAGAAGAGGAAGACGAACAGGGAGAAGUGGUGAUAUUAAGUGGGGACGAGCAGCGAGAACAGCUGGCCAGAAAGCGAACACACCAACGACGCGAACGACGGCAACAUCACCCUAACCGUGGCGACCUUUCGAGAGGUGUAACCGAAUCGGAAUCAAGCAGCUCCCGGGCAUCAGAAGAUGAAUCCGAGGGCCGUUCUAAUGGGGAAGAAGACGAAGAACCGCCACCGGUUAGUCCACUCUCUGUGGGGGAACUCGCCAAGUCCGAUCGGCGGGACAGCCACAGUGGUUCGUAUCGCUCCCCAUCCCAAUCCCAAACACGCUCCGCAUCGGGCUCGGAAUCGGACUCGAGAAGCCGAUCGCGCAGUCCGCACCACCGGCACGAGGAAAGCCGCAGUGACAGCAGCCGCUCGCGCGAUGAUCUACGGACUCGGCCAAACCGUGACGAUGGUGAUCACGAUAACGAUCGGGGAAAGAAACCGGAUGGCAGCAAAUCACCGAAACCAUCCGCUACGGCGGACGGGGCCACUGCAGGUGACGAGGAACGAGAGGUGGAAGUGAAAAACACCCUACCACCGUAUUUCCCGGGCAUUCAGGGUUGCCGGUCGGUGGAGGAGUUUCUCUGCCUCAAUCGCAUCGAGGAGGGAACGUACGGUGUGGUGUACCGGGCCAAGGAUAAACGCACCGAAGAGAUCGUGGCCUUAAAGCGGCUAAAGAUGGAGAAGGAAAAGGAAGGAUUUCCAAUAACGUCGCUCCGGGAGAUCAACACGCUGCUCAAAGGCCAGCACCCGAACAUCGUGACCGUGCGCGAAAUUGUGGUCGGUAGCAAUAUGGACAAAAUUUUCAUCGUCAUGGACUACGUCGAGCACGAUCUGAAGUCGCUGAUGGAAACGAUGAAGCACAAGAAGCAGGUCUUUCUGCCCGGGGAAGUGAAAUGUCUCACACAGCAGCUUCUCCGAGCCGUGGCCCACCUGCAUGACAACUGGAUCCUGCACCGUGAUCUCAAAACCUCCAAUCUGCUGCUCUCACACAAGGGCAUCUUGAAGGUGGGAGAUUUUGGACUUGCACGCGAAUACGGUUCUCCGCUUAAAGCGUACACCUCCAUCGUGGUGACGCUCUGGUACCGUGCCCCAGAGCUACUGCUUUGCUGUAAGGAAUACUCGACACCGAUCGACAUCUGGUCAGUGGGCUGCAUUUUUGCCGAAUUCCUGUCGAUGGCGGCACUGUUUCCGGGCAAAACGGAAAUCGACCAGCUGAACCGCAUCUUCAAGGAUCUUGGAACACCGAACGAAAAAAUCUGGCCCGGCUACAACCAGCUACCGGCGGUCCAGAAGAUGACGUUCACUGAGUAUCCCGUCUCGAAUCUGCGCAAAAAGUUCUCCCACCUUACCAGCGAGCUGGGCAUCGGGCUGCUGCAGGGUUUGCUUACGUUCGAUCCUAAGCAGCGCCUCACGGCUGAAGUUGCCCUCCAACACACCUACUUCCGCGAACUUCCGCUACCAAUUGAUCCCGCGAUGUUCCCAACGUGGCCGGCGAAGAGUGAGCUCGGAUUGAAGAAAGCACUCGCUUCCAGUCCCAAGCCACCGAGCGGUGGUGGUGAGUUCAAGAAACUGGGAGAUGACCCGGUUCCGGACAAUGCGAUCGGUGGCUUUCAUCUGGGAGGCGCAACGUACGCCGAAUCGAGACAGCUUGCUAUGGGCCCGGGAUUCAGUCUGAAAUUCUGAGGCCACGAGCUGUCAACCGGGUUCGGAUUGAAGUAGUAGUGCUACCCGAACACGGUUGACUGCGGCCUCAACGGCCAUUGGCAGGUUGGUUGAUUGGAAGAAGACAUUGUAACACAUUGGCA